AUUUCUUCACAACCUCCUUCCUCUUCCCCUCAGCCCUUGGGAGCAAGGCCCCUCCCCAGAGACAGAUGCCCCCAGAGGCCCCUCUCCCCUGAUCACCCCUCAGGCUCCACCAUGCGCCCCCAGCUCUUGCCCCUGGCCUUCGCCCUCCUGGUAGCGGUGCCCUCGGGGGCUCAGGAAGAGGUGGCUGCAUCUCAGUGCCAGGCGAGGGGUCCCAGUUUCCGCGCUCCGGCGGGUGGGACCCAUCAGGCUCUGGUGUUCGCAGGUCUAGAGAUGACGAAAGAAGCCGGCUCGACUGUCAAUCUGCCCUGCAACCUGAGGGGGCCGAGGCUGACCUGGCAGUGGAUCCCGCGCUACCCGGUCUGCGCUGGUGUCAGCAGUGGGAUAAAGACGAUCUACACAGUGUCAGCGGCUGGGGCACACGAUGCUCUGGAGAGGAGAUUUCAGAGGCGGCUGCGUCUCCUAACGAGUUGGGGAACCUCAGCCUCCGCCCUCAGACUCCAACCCCUCCACAUGAACGACUCGGGGGUCUUCUUCUGUGCCAGCCCCAGCCAGACCGGCCCGCUCAUCUCUGUGACCAUCACGCCUGGCUGCCAGGACGGGGUGUCCAUCGAAGGGGUCCCCAAGGAGCUGGUCGUGGAGAGAGCAUCUGUGUCCCUCUCUUGUACCCCCUGUGGGGAGCAGGGACCCACGUCAUCCCCAGCAGGGGGCGCCACAUGGCGGCUCAAUGGGAAGCCCCCCCCAAACGCCAACGCCCCUCGGAUCCUGAGGUCUAACAAGGUGACAAUAGGGGAUUUCUCCAGCCGGUGGGAAGGUCUGUGGAGCUGCCACCUGCCUGGGGAUCCCCCCCGGUCUGGGAGAUACUGCCUGGAGCGUGACCCGGGGGCACACGGGACCCAGGAGACCAUCAGCCCCAGCCCCACCAGUCCAGGCCCCAGUCCCACCCUGCCUCCUGCCUCUGAUCGGGGGCUGUGUGGGGCUGCUUCUGGGUCUGGUCCUCGUGGGCGUCGUUGCUGUUGUUUGCCAUUGGAGGCGCCGGCCCAGGGAUGCCAGUGUGACCCCCAUGGUGACGGAAAUGGAUGGAAAAUCGGAACAAGCAGUUGAGCAUCCCAGCCCCACAGAGGCUGGCAGAGCCGAGCAGAAGCCGCCGUCCUCUGACCCCCACCCUGUUGAUGAGGGCCCCCAGGGAAUCCAAUACGCCACCCUGCACUUCCAGGUGCCCCACGGGGCUGGUGCCAGGUCGGAAACCGGCCCGGCCACCAUCUACUCCAAACUGGCCACCGGCCACAGCUGACGGGGCUGGCGAGCACGGGCGCCUCUGGGGCACGACCAGGCCCCGCCUUGGGCAAAGACGCCCCUUUUCCUGGAGACUCCCUUUGACACCCGUCCCUCCCUGCAGUUAAUUCGCUGGUCCUGGCGGGAGCAGGGGAGAACUGGGUUGACAAUAUUGUAGGUCCUACAUUAUGUAUCGUAAACAAGCCCAGCCCACAUGGGGCUUGGCCUGCUAUGAAGUUUUCUGCUGCUUCAAAUGGCAAUGGGGGGGAGGGGUCCCCUCAGACUCAUGUUGUAGGUCCUACAUUAUGUAUCAUAAACAAAGCAAGGUGUAAAUAAAGUGGGUAUUGACU